CCAAACUGUACAACAUGAUAACACAUUCGUUUCCAUAGCAUCAUCAGAAAAUGAACCUGGCAACUUACUAGGACAAGAACUUGCCACAUAAUCUAGAAUUACCUGAAGUUGAGAGAGAAUUUUUCACAUUUCACGGUUCUAACGAAUUUUGCACGAAUGAAGAGAUUAAGUUUAAAGACAAAAAAAGUAAAUGGAAUUCAAAAAGUAGAUUUAAAUAAGAAGAAGUCUACAGAUUAUACAGAAAUGGCAUAUAAAGAGGCUGUAUCAAAAUUAAAGUAUUUGCUAGCCGAUUCUUAUGUCUCGAAGCCAAUAACAGGAGGAUUACAAGGAACUAAAGAUAUUUAUCAAUUUGAUAAUACAAAAAUUAAUAAAUUUGAUGAAGAAAGAGAUGAUGGAAGUAUGAUAAUUGACAAUUCCAAAGCAAAGAAAUUUCAAGAAGAUAUAAAUAAAGUAGUGAAUCCAAAUUUUGGUUCUCUCAAAACUAUGUAUCAGAUGAAAGCAUGUAACAGUUUAGCGUCUUCAACUGCAGACAUACAAUCUGUUCCUCCAGAAUUAAAUUCUUUUAUUGAGCAACAAGAAGAAUAUAUACAACAAUUACAACAGGAAUCUCAGUUUUGCAGAAAUCAAUUAACUAAUUUAAUUCAUAAAGUUAGAGAGGUUGUAGUUGAAAAUGAAGCUCUGCAUUAUAAAAAUAAAACAGGAUUUUUCAACUGUGCUCUUAACGAGUAUAUACACGUUGAUGACAAUGAUAAUGACAAUAGUAAACGAAAAUUGUCUGUUCAAACAGAAGCCUCUGAAAUUAUAAAACCCAAAAUUUUGGAAGGUCCUAAUAUACUGUUUGAGUCAAGGAUUAGUGAGUUAGAAGCGCAACUUACUGAAGCAAAAUUAGAACUCCGUAAAACUCAAGAGGAAAGUCAGUUUAAUUUGAAACAAUUAUCUGAAAGUUGUUUAAAAAAUGAUGCAUCGAAAGUAAAAACUCAGUUGGAACAAGCAUUACAUGCUAAAUAUGAAACUGAAAUGAAAAUGGAAGAUUUACAAAAGUCUUUAGCUUUUGCACAAAAUAAGGAAACUGAGGCAGCACAGAAAGUAAAACAAACCAUAAAUGUUAUACAGCAAAUUGAAUUUGAAAAGAAUCAAUUUAAAAUAGAAAUCAAAACAUUGAAAGAAGAAUUAGAUAGACAAUGUGAUAAACUUAAAGAAGCUACUCAGGAAGCAAGUAGACGUAUUGCAGAAGAGAGACAGCAGAUAGAACGCAAAUACAAUCAUCAAGUUGAACAAUUAUCUAAUGAUGUAGCUUCCCAUUGGAAUGUGGUUAAUAAAUCUAAAUUAGAAUCAGAGAAACAACGUAGAGAGCUAACAGAACUUAAAAAAGAAUUAUCUCAGAAACAAAUACUUAUCAGUAAUUUAAAGAAAGAACUUCAAAACGAAAUAUCAAAUUUGCAAAGUAAACUAGAUGAAGCAUUAACUGAAAAGGAUGGUAUAGAACAAGAAGUUCUAGCUGCAAAAUUAGCCGCUGAACGAAAUGAAAGACAAAAUCAUCAAGAACAAAGUAGAUUACAAAUUGAAAUAAAUUCAUAUAAACAACGAUUAGAGAGAACAGAAACUGACUUAGUACAUCUUAAAAGAGAAAAUUUAAGACUUUCAGAACAAAUAACUUCUUUGGAGAAAGAAAUUAAUAUAAGUAAAUCUACAUGUCCAGAAAAUUUUUCUCUACAAGCUUCAUCGAUAUCGAAAAAUGAAAAAGAAUUAGCUUCUAUGAUAAUGGAUAUGGAAACUAAACAUGCUGCUACAGUGGCUGGUCUAGAAGAUGUCCUGAAUAAUCAGGCUACACUCGUCUCUCAACUGACCAUCGAAUGCCAAUCUCUCACACAACGUUUGGAAGCUAGUAACUUCAAGCACAAGGAAGAUAUGGCCAAUCUACAAACUAACAUAGAAUACUUAUCAGAUAAAAUACAGAAUGCUAUUAGUAAUCAACAAGAACUCGCAUCAAUGAAAAAUAAAGAUGAAUCUUUAAUAAGUUAUUCUCAUAGUGCAUCGCUUAAUUCAUCGAUAGAAACACAAAAGCCAACAGUUCCUUAUAUGGUUUAUCAAGAAUACGAUAUUAAAGCAAAUAAGUUUAUUGACAAACAUAAUAAACUUUUGGAUAACGAUUCUUCUGAUGAGAGAAAAUAUGACAUCAGAAAUGAAACAGACAAUGAUUUCAAUAAUGCAAUAAAAAAAUAUGAUGAAAACAAAAACGAAGAUAGCGAUAAAAAAAUCCAUGAUCAGCAGGAACAUAUCGAAUCAAAACAGAACCCUAAUGAAAUGACUCACAAUUUGCCUUAGUAUGCUUUAUCAGAUAUUUAUUAAAAUGAUACUGAAAAUAU